CAACCUUAAAGGAAACAGCAAUAUACAGACAUUGAACAGAGUAACGCUAUACCAUUUAGUAUUUACCAAAAGCUAAGACGUGACAAUCUUCCAAUCAGUCGUUCGCGAGAUCCCUGUAGCGUCCCAUGUCAGGCAUCUCGUGAACUCUCGACGCGACUUAAUUCGACCCGAACAGAGAACCAUCAGGAAGGAACAUCUUGAGGUGUUGGGCUAAGAAAAAUUAAGAAAAUGGUUAGACAGUUCACAAAGAGGCAGUGGCUGACGUUAAUAGUGAUAAGCAUUGCUGACUUUGCCAAUGCAAUCUGUGUCUCCCUACAGGCUCCGUUUUAUCCUCAUGAGGCUGAGAAAAAAGGCGCCUCCGCUACUGAAUAUGGAUUGGUCUUUGGUAUAUUCGAAUUCGUAGUCUUCAUCAUAAGUCCCAUUUAUGGGCAGCACCUCAACCGCUUAGGGCCAAAGCUUCUCUUCAACGGCGGAAUUCUAACAACCGGCACUUGCGCCAUUUUCUUUGGCCUUCUGGAUAAGGUCGAAGGUCAUUAUCCUUUCAUCAUCCUCAGCUUCGUCAUCAGGAUCGUCGAGGCUCUUGGUAAUGCUGCGUUUCUCACAGCGAGCUUCGCCAUCAUCGCCAAAGAAUUUCCAGAUAACGUCGCAACGACUUUUGCAAGUCUGGAGACAUUCUUCGGUCUUGGACUUAUAGUCGGACCUACAGUUGGUGGGGCCCUUUAUCAGGUUGGUGGCUACACAACACCUUUUGCUGUGUUGGGAUCAGCCCUGUUCUUGGCAGCUGUCAUGACAGCUUUUGUCCUACCAACUCAUGACAAUGACGAGCAAGAUACUCAAGACUCUGGUGGUUUCAUGAAGGUCUUAAGGAUUCCUGGCGUAAUGGUGGCAGCAGCCUCCAUAAUUGUAACAAGCAUGAGUAUCGGUUUCCUCCAGGCGACACUGGAGCCUCAUCUACGUCAAUUCAACCUGAGUCCAGUAGUUUUGGGCCUUAUGUUCAUUAUAAACGGUGGCACGUACGCCAUCACAGCACCAGCCUGGGGUUGGCUCUGCGAUAAAUAUUCGAAACCGAAGGUAGCAACAGUCAUUGGAUGCGUCUUGGUAAUGGUAGGAUUCUGCUUAGUGGGUCCAGCACCUUUCAUCCCAGGAACAACCAUAAUUUGGCUGACAAUUUUGGGCCUUGUCAUACAUGGCUUAGGCAUGUCAGCCCAACUAGUAGCAAGUUUUACAGAUGCUUUAAGAAUUUCCAUAUCCUACGGAUUUCCAAAUAAUUUAGAAACAUAUGGACUCAUCAGCGGUCUGUGGACUAGUACUUUUGCACUGGGAGCCUUUAUUGGGCCCAGCAUAGCAGGUAUUCUCUUGGAUACUAUUGGGUUUAGAAACGCAUCCAUGUUCAUAGUACUCUUGCAUCUCAUCGUGGGUAUCGUAGCCACAUUAUUCUUGACCUGUUGCAAUAGUGGCCCAAAGCCAUAUACAGAAGUUGGCAGUCACGAAGAUAUAAGGGCUUCAUUGAGUUGCAGCAUUAGGAACAACAGUACCAGUCUUCCGUUGGGUGUCCGGGCACAGGGGGUCCCAAUUGACAGGCCCAACGGAAUGAAUUCUCUUAUUGCAUGUAACAGCUAUUCGAAUAGGGCCGGAGCAUGGUCAAGGGCCUCAUACAGUGGUCGCUAUACACAUAGUUACGGAUCCAUAGAGUCUAAACAAUAUUUGGAAAGAACUACGUGAUUUUGAUUACGUAUAGUAAUUAAUGAUGUAAUCAGAGGUUACUGGGGAGACGCCAGAGUGUUCCACAGACUUUCAGAAAGAAUAAUGGAAUGAGAAGAACAAAAUUGUAAAAUGUCAGAAAGUGGAAAACCGAUAAGAAACCAAAAAUAUUUGAUUUUACAAGUUUCUGGGCCACGUGCGACUUCUUCAGCAGGGACUCCUUUACUUUAAUUGUAUAUAUGAUAUUACUAGGAUUAAUGAUUAUUCUUUAUUACACGUGGUUCUCGAGUAUCCAUGACCUCGUCUCUGAGGUUUUAAUAAAAUAUUAUUAUCCGUUA